UCACAGCAAUACGUACUUGGAAGAAGCAGCGGAAGGUGUCAGAACCAGAAGAAGAAAUCGACGAGGACCUAGAAUCUCCUCUUUGUUGUUGUUUGUGGUCCGGAUUCAGGUCAAAGGUCACUCCUCCAGCAUGGCCCUUAUCUCUCUGGAAGACCUUGACGGAUUAGAAGAUGAGCAGCUGGAUGAUGACAUCACAGACAAUCCUGAACCGAUGGAUGAGGAGGACAGAGACCGAAUGCUGACGCACUGGAGGAAUGUGGCGUCCACGCACCAUGUGACUGUUCCUUCAGAGAUGACUGGACCAAUACAGGAGAUGACACGCAACAGCCACCAGAGGGAGCCACUGCCCUUUGCCCCCAUAGCACGCCACGAAAAGAUGGGUGAGGUCCAGUACGAGGAGCGGGUAUACCCUGCAGGGUUCUGGGCCUGCGUGACCCGAUCAGAGGAUCUGUAUGAGCAGAGCAUCUCCAUGGGCUUCAUGAAACUGAUGCGUUUCAUCUGCAAAGAGAACUCUGCAGGACGUUACCUGGGCAUGACCAUACCUGUGGUCAGUACCAUCCACAUGAUGCAGGACGGGAAUAUGUUUGACAAAGAGGUGUCGACAGCGUUCUUCUUGCCAUCAGAGCAUCAAACCAACCCGCCGCAGCCCGGCGACUCUGACAUCAGCAUAGUACACAGGGAGCCAAUCAGAGUCAUCGCCAGGACAUUCUUCGGGACGACCACGGAGGAGACUGUGUCCCAUCAGAUUGCGUUGCUAUGGGAGAUCCUUGGUGUGACAGACGACGUUCGAACAGACAACUAUAUGGUCGCAGUCUACGAAAACCCCAGUGUUCAGCGUCGCCGCAAUGAGAUCUGGUUCCUCAGACGGGACCUGUAGAACUCCCAUCAGCCCCUGCUUCAUCCACCUGUCUGUCUGCUGCUCCUCUGAUUGGCUUGUUUGCUGUCCGUCCCAUCGACCAAUGAGACGUCUCUGUCUCUUUGGUCCAAUCAGGCUACAUCUCCCAUUGGUCCAGAUCAACCUCUGAGUCUGCUACCAGCAAAACAAUAAUGUUGCACUACAAUUUGUAGAAACAGUCUCAGCCCUCGUCCCCAUGGUGAUGGCUGCUGAGUUUCAUGGGUAUUGUACUGUUUAGUAUUUGUAGACCUGUAGGAGAUGUGUGGCGCUGAGGUGAAGGGUUACAGUUGAAGCAUCAUAUCAUCCACCAGCCGCUGUCGGUGCUGUCGUGGUUCUGCUGGUUUUGGAUAUUUGUGAAAUGUCCCAGAUUCAUUGUCUUUAGUUUCAGAUGAUGGAUUGGAACUGCAUGAAAUCAAUGCUAGUUUUCAUUUAGUUUUAAUUCACCUCUUAAAUUAUUAACCUAAGAGACUUUAGAUAUAGCCUGUUUCAUCAAAAGACUUUGGUCAAAACGAUGACUUUGUUGAAGGAUGUGGAACAUCCUGGACAAUCAGAAGUGAUCAAACAUGGAAUGUGACAAAAUGGAUCAAUAAGCUUCUGAAUGAUGGUUCUCCAGACGGACCAGGUCCAGGUGGAACCACCUUAAACCCAACAGGAAGUGCACCAUUUGGGUUAAUUAAAUGAGCAAAUCGGUUUUAGGUGAUGACCUUUGUGUUGAAAAGGUAUAAAACUGAGAAGCCCAGUCAUCACUGUCUAGUUAUAAGAGACAGACCUACAGCUUCCUUUUUCUUUUUACAACACAUGUUUAAUGAGUUUAAAAUCAGAACAGUAUCUGAUUCAUUUCUACAGAUUUCUGACUGCGUACAUAGUCACAACUGAACCAUUUUACUUUUUGAGUUACACUACAUGGAUGUGGAUAUUUAUUUCUUUAAAUAUGCACAGUUCAUCUGAAAAACAGGUCAGAUUAAGAUUAAACAACUGAACAUUAAUUUAUUAUUUAAAAGUACUGAAAUGUACUUAAUCUGAUCAUGAAACGUAACAUUAUUUUGGUUAAAACCAGUCACACAGUCACAAAGUCAGAGCAACAUUAAUGCUGUUGAAAGCAAGUCAGCAUAGUUUAGUUUUUAUAGUUGGUUUUCUGUUACACAGAGAGAUUAACUCAAACCUUCACCAAUAGAAGACUCAGAUCCAGACGAGGAAGUCUCUUUUUUCAUCAUUUGUAGUUAGUCCUUGUUUUGGUGAAUCAAGGUUCACUGUCACAUAUUUUGUCUUGAUUCAUUAAAAUGAAGAGUAACUUCCCCACAGGCAAUGAGAAGUGGUUCAGUCAUUUCUUCAAGGAGCCUGUUAAAGUGUGAUACCAGGGAUGGCCACUAGAUGCUGAUCUCAUUCUCCCUCUGGACAGUUGAAUACGUGUUCUUGUGGUCAUUUUCUAAACUGUGACUGUGUUGAUCAUACUUUACAGAAGCACCUGUUCAGGAACAACACUACACUAAUGUCACCGAGCUAGAAUUAGCUUUAGUCUGACUGUGAAACUAACCCGUUGCACACGAACCUGAUGAACCUGCAGCAAAUGUCCAAUCAGAGCUUCACUUUCCCCUGUUAGACUUCUGGUAUGUUUUCUUUUACUGAAAAGGCUCUUGGUGGAGGUUAGAGGUCACUUGAAACAGUAAAUUUAGUACAAUAUUGUGGGACCACUCUGAUGUUAGUUUCUGUUUGAAAUGUCUCAUGUUCUUAGAUUUAUCAGCAUGUGAAACGCUCUGAUACCUGCACAUCCUCAAACUGUGGCUGAAUAUUUGAUAUGACUGACCAAACUGCUUUGUGAGUUUUGGUGUCGGUUAUUAGUUUAUUAGUGACACUUAUUGCUCAUUUUCAUUGUAAACAGUUUUUUUAAAAUACAUUUUUUCCUUCUUUUCCAACUUUUAUGUAUAAAAUCUGUUUGGGAGGUUUCAAUCACUAUGUAACUUUGACUCAUUUCACAUUAAACUGUAUUCAUCCUGAAACUAA